AUGUUUGUGGGAAGCCUGAACACCAGGAAGCAUGGGGUGCAGAAGCUGAUGUCCGCCAUCAUCCACGACAGGUUCCCAGCCCACACAGGCCUUGAGCCUGGGGGAUUCUUUGCCGUGAUCUACAACCCUGUGGCCUGGACAGUCACCACCAUCGUCACCCUGACUGUGGACUUCCCCGAGGUCAGCGUCACAGAUGAGUCAGGCCACCCCGUGCCUGCACAGGUCCAGAACUCAAAGGAGAUGCUAUCUGUCUAUGACCUGCUUGUGCUGACCACGAUCCCAGGACUCAGUUACCGGUAUUACGUCAUCAAGCCCAGCAGGACGGCCAAGGAGGACAAUCAGGAGACUGAGGCCACGAUGGCCAACACCAAGCAGUUUGGCCACAGGCCCGGGAGACAUGACUCAAGCGUGGUCAGGCGCCUGGUGCACGUGGAGAACGACUGCUACACCGUGUACCUGGACAAGGACAGCAGCCUGAUGGACAGCAUCUGGGAGAGGCAGAAUAACCAAACCAUACAAGUGACCCAGCAGUUCAUGGAGUACGAAGUGAACGGUGAUGAGGAUCAGGGACCCAUUUCUGAUAACUAUGUGUUUACAUCCAAUGAAACCACGAAGCCAGCGUGGGAGACUGUGGGAAUGGAGAUCGUCCAGGGGGAGCUCGUGACUGAGAUCAGGCAAUACUUCUACGGUGAGGCCGGCCCCUCUGGUUGUACCCAGCGCAGAACGGUGGCCGACCGUGACCCCACGUACACCAUCUACUCCCGGCUGGCCCGCGGGCCCCCGGGCGCUGACGGGGAGCUGCUGUGUCAUCGCAUAGAGCAGGAGUACAGGGUGGGGCCCUUGGAGCUGAACCGCGAGGCCAUCUUGAGGACCAGCACCGAUCUCAACACCGGCCGGGUCCUCUACUCUGACAACAAUGGCUACCAGCUGCAGCGCAGAGCCUACAAACACUACGAGGCGAACGCCAUCGCUCGGAAUUACUACCCCAUGACUCAGUCGGCCUUCAUCCAGGACAGGCAGAGCAGGCUGGUGCUGCUGUCGGAGCAGGCGCACGGCGUCUCCAGCCAAGGGAGCGGGCAGAUGGAGGUCAUGCUCCAUCGGCGGCUGUGGAACAACAAACAAGGGAACUCAUCGGACGACCUCAUGCUGAACGACACCUCGGUUGUCCACUCGAUGCUCUGGCUCCUGCUGGGAACCCGGACCCUCACCAGGGACCUUGGCCCGAGGAGCGGGGUGGCGCUGCAGCACAGGCCCGUCGUGCUGAUUCCAGACCUGGGCGAGACAGCUAGGAUUCACCCUUGCCCCCAGCAGCAAGAGGCUGUGGCGCUGCCCCCAAGCGUCCACCUGCAGAUCCUCAGCAUCCCAGGCUGUAUGUACAACUCAAACCACAUGAAGCACGUGCAGAAUCUUCAGAAAGGUGAGGCAGGAGACGCCAAGGCAGAGCUCCUCCGAGUCCUGCUGCGGCUCCACCAUCUGUUCGAGGUGGACGAGGACCCUGUCCGGUCUCAGCCUGUGACGGUGAAUCUGCAGUCCACGCUGCGGGGUCUGGGUUCCGUGGUAUCCGUGGAGGAGCGCUUGCUCACAGGGACCUGGGAGGAUAGACUCGGGCUGCUGACACAACUGUACCAUGUCUUAACCCGUGGUCCACGUGAGGGAGCUUCAGUACCGAGCUCGGUGUAUGACCCCAGACUCCUCACCUGCACCAGGGACACACCUCCCGAGGAAGAAGUCCUCCCAGCCCAGGCCACCAAGAGAUGA